GAUCUAUCGAUAGACUGCGACUUAUCGACCUUUCACAUAUUUUGUUUAUCUUACGAUUUUUGCGCAAUACCUAAAAAACAAUGAGCAAUUCCACAGCAUCCGCAUUUUCCAGUUUGGACACAGCGGCCCUAGACCGUCAGACCGAAGUGCCAGAUGAGCAUCCGGUCACAUUUGAACAAAUCUGGAACGAGACGCACAAGAAAGUCAGCAUCGGUUGGAUACGACAAAAUGGUUACAAGCGGAUCUGCCUGCAAUUCCCAGACGACUAUUUGCCGCACAGCAACGCCAUCAGCACUUGCCUGCAGACAGCGCUGGCCUCUGACGAGUGCAAGAUUUUUAUUUUGGCCGAUACGACGUAUGGCAGCUGUUGCGUGGACGAAAUAGCUGCGGCUCAUGUUGAAGCGGAUAGUGUUAUACAUUUUGGCAAUGCAUGCCGCAGCAAAGCCAGCCGCCUGCCGGUACUCUAUUUGUAUCCAGUGCUUCCGCUGCAGCUUCCAAAGGUACUGCAACAGCUGGCCGCUCUACAGCCCGAAUGCGAGGAGCGUGAGGUGUACGUUUACCUGGACAUUGGCUAUCAGCAUCUGUGCGAGCAACAGCCGCCGAGCGCCGAGCUUGCCGAUGGCGAAGAUACUCUCUUUAGCCAGGUGCGUGAGGUGCUACGUCCAAAGAAGCUAUACAUCGAGGUUUAUCCACCGCCAGCUGAAGACACUGCCGAAAGCAAGCAGCAAGCAACUGAAUCGUCUGCGGAACGCAUCUGCAUUUUUAUUGGUGGCGAUAAUCAACGCUUUGCCAAUUUAUCACUGACCACAACAGCGUUGCAGUGGCACAUUUUAGAUGGUGCCACAGCCACGCUGAGCGCAAAAAAUCCGCUAACAGCUCAAUAUAUACGACGUCGAUACUACUACAUAGAGAAGUGCAAGGAUGCCCAGACUUUGGGGCUGAUUGUGGCCACAUUGAGUGCUGUUGGUUAUUUGGAUGUGGUUACGCGUCUGCAAACAAUGGCCAAAAGUCGUGGCGUUAAGACGCAACUAAUUUCCGUGGGUCGCAUAAAUCCCGCCAAGCUGGCCAAUUUCCUAGAGAUUGACUGCUUUGUGCUCAUUGGCUGUCCGUUUAACAAUAUGUAUAAUUCCAAGGAAUACUAUAAGCCCAUUGUUUCUGUUUUCGAGGCCGAAAUGGCGCUGAAUCCAGCCUGGCAUAUGAAGUACCCGGAAGCCUAUGUUACAGACUUUAAGCAACUGCUGCCAGAGGGCCGCAGCUUCCUGAGUUUUGAUGCGGACGCUGUGCAGGUGCAGGAUGUGAGUCUGGUCAGCGGACGCAUGCGAGGCGCCACUGGCUCUGGUGAUGACGCAGUGGAGACGGCAAGCAAUACGGUGGCCACACAAGCCAAAAUGGCGCUCAUGACAACGGACACAGGCCUCACAUUUGAGGAUCGCACUUGGCAGGGACUAGACCCGAUGUUGGGCCAGACCGAACCAGCCAAAUUGCAACAGGGUCUCAGUGGCAUUCCCAUAAAGUACUCGCACGAUUAGGAUUAUAUUUACAUGUACAACUACAUCUACAUCAAUGAUGUCGAUCAUAUCAAUAAAACACAACGAACAAAUAUUCGAGCUCCAAAAUGUA